UGUGUGUCUGUGGGCACUGGAAGGAAACAGCUCUGGACUUGCAGCCUGGUAACCGCCGCUUGGCAAGCUCAUCAUCGUAGACGAGGGCUGUGCGUCGACGAGAGGCCAUAACUUGAAGCCUAGAUCGCCGAGAAAAACUGGGUAUCACCGGAUGGCGAAACAAUUCCUUAGUUUGUCACCACAAUAGCAUUUUCUCCAAGAUCGAAGUUAGAUUUCAAGCCUGCGGGCAAACCACGGCGGGCUCUGGAGGCGAGGUCCCGCACAGCCUCAGGAGUGUGGGUUUUAUGGCAGUUGGAACCUUGCAGUUGGCUCUGAUAUGUCUCCAUUGCCGCUCUCUGUUUAAUCCCUUUGUCUCUUCCUAUUCAUCCUUCUCGCGGCGUAGUGUAGGCAGCAGUGGAGCUGGGUAGGGCGAUUCUGUGAGGGGAGAGCAAAUUGCUACAGCCGCACGCUCAGGAUGGCGUACGUUGCUCUCCCUACGAGGAAUAGUACUGUGCUUCACCUGGCCAAUGCUGCGGCAAGGCUUCCUCGCAAUGCUUGUUCAAUCGUGCAGUCUUCCCGCUCCUUGAAAGAUAUCUUGCCCCUGAGACCCUUGAAGGUGCACUCUUCGUGCCUAUCUGCUGCACGCAUUCUCUCAAAUCUUACCACAACAGAUUGGAGAAUCUUUUCUUCUGUGGAAGACAAUGUCACAGUGGAGGAACCCGCUGUGGACGCCACUGCUGGGGGUUCUGGAGGUGAGAACAUUCCUGAGGCUACCGCUGCCGAAGAAACAGAGUCCUCCGAAGCUUCUGCCAAGAAAAUGCAGAGGAACAGCACCAUGAAGGGGCGAGCUGGUGGAAAGACGAUCACCGUCCAGAAGGAUCAGAUUGUCCCAGGCGCUGUUUUCACUGGCAGAGUUCGAUUUGUUCAACCCUACGGUGCAUUUGUUGAUAUUGGAGCUUUCACUAAUGGAUUGGUACACGUUUCUGAACUAGCGCCAGGGUAUGUGAAGGAUGUGAGUGACUUUGUAAAAGUGGGCCAAGAGGUUACUGUGACAGUGCUUGAGAUGAAUGAGAAAUCCAAGCGGAUCGCAUUGACGAUGCGGGACAGAGAAAGCGAAGCCGCGGUGCCGUCAUUUCGAUCUGGAGAUGAGUUGAAUGCAGGGUCGGGGACUAGUGGAGAUGGCAGUGGAAAGCCAACGAACCAGGGCAAGAUUGCUGGAAGGGGAAAUGGAGGCUCGAGGUCAAAUUUGAAGCCGAAGUUAAGGCAGAGUAAGGCAAAGACGAAGCUGAAGAAGGGUGAAGUACUGAAGGGGACAGUGAAGAACAUCAUCCGGAACGGUGCGUUCAUAGAGUUCCCUGAGCAAGGAGAGGAGGCGUUCCUGCGAGGGUCAGAGGUCACGGAGGGUGGGGAGAAUGUACCAAUUGAGAACCUUCUGACGGUGGGACAAGAGGUGACCGUGCGAGUUCUGAAGAUCGAGAGAGGAAAAGCUUACUUGACGAUGAAACCACAAAUUGACAUGACGGCAGUGAACGACUCGAUCAACUCGGGUGUCGUAGGAGGUGCCACGAACCCUUUCGCAACAUUUUUCCGCAGCGUGAACAUGGUUUCUCGAACCCUUGUACCUGUAGAUGCACAAGAGACAGCUUCUGCAGCUCACGAAGCACUUACUGUUGACAAAAUCGCUAGUGUUCCUGAAACUUCUGCUGCUGAGGAAGCAUCCGAUGUGCAAGAAGCACCUGUAAUUGAAGUGAUCUCUGCAGCCCAGAAAGCUCCUACAGAGGAGGAAGCCCCUGCAGUUGACGCUACCUCUGUCUCUGAGGGAAAAUCUGCCGUCGUUGAAUUUUCUCCUGAAGUAUCUCAAGCUUCUGUGGAAAGCAGUGAGGAAUCAUCAGCUAGUUCUGAGGCAAAUAUCGAGGAAUCUCGUUCACUCUCACUUGGAGAGCUUGCUGAAGGGAUUGGCAAAGCUGUAGGCGAAGUUGAGAAUGUGGUCGAGGCUGCUGCACAGAGAGUUGAACACGUAGUUGAGGCCGCUGCAGAUAUUUUGAAAAUUGGAGAGAAAGCCGAUGAAUCCAAAGAAGCUGCACUUCAGGAGCCUGAGGCAUCUGCAGCUGAGGAACCAGCAGAAGUUGCACCUCAGGAGCCCAAGGCUGGACCACCUGAAGAAUCAAAAACAGCUGCAACUGUGGAACCUAAGGCAGUUGCUUCUGCAGGACCAACUUCAGCACAAGUGAAGCAGCUACGGGAGAAGAGCGGAGCUGGAAUGAUGGAUUGUAAGAAGGCUCUUGUGGCCUGCAGCAAUGAUGUCGCUAAAGCACAGGAAUAUUUGAGGAAGAAGGGUCUUGCAAGUGCUGAGAAAAAAGCUGGUCGCAUUGCUGCUGAAGGCCGCGUUGGAAGUUAUGUUCAUGGUGGACGUCUGGGUGUGCUUAUCGAGAUAAACUGUGAAACGGAUUUUGUUUCUCGAGGUUCUCAGUUCAAAGAACUUGUAAUGGACAUGGGCAUGCAAGUCGUAGCUUGUCCAGCUGUUCAGUAUGUUAGUACAGACGACGUACCAGCUGAUUUUGUGGCAAAGGAGAAGGAGAUAGAAAUGAGCAAGGAGGAUCUUGCAAACAAACCAGUCCAGAUUCGUGAGAGGAUUGUGGAGGGCCGGGUGGCCAAGCGGUUGGGGGAACUUGCACUAUUGGAGCAGCCUUUCAUUCGGGAUGACAAAGUUCCCGUCAAAGAUCUUGUGAAAGAACUAACUGCGCAACUUGGGGAGAAAAUUCAGAUUCGUCGUUUCGUGCGGUACAACUUGGGAGAGGGUCUUCAGAAAAAGUCUGAUGACUUUGCAUCUGAGGUAGCAGCGCAAAUAGCAGCCAAGGCUGAUCUAAAGCCAGUCACAGAAGUUCCUAAGGUUGAAGUGGCUAAAAAGGAAGAGGAUAGUCCCAAGGUAGCGGUAUCAGUAUCCAAAGUGAAAGAGCUCAGGGAAAUGUCUGGGGCAGGAAUGAUGGAUUGCAAGAAGGCUCUGGCAGCUUGUGACAAUGACAUUGAAAAAGCAACCGAGUAUUUGAGGAAGAAGGGCUUGGCCAGCGCCGAUAAGAAGUCUGGCAGGAUUGCAUCAGAAGGUCUUAUUGGGAGCUACAUCCACGAUGGACGUAUAGGUGUCCUCAUCGAAGUCAAUUCUGAGACCGACUUUGUUUCCAGGAGCGACCUGUUUAAGGAACUUGUUGCCAACAUGGGAAUGCAAGUAGCUGCUUGCUCUCAGGUGGAGUACGUAACGGUUGAGGAAAUCCCCGCCUCAAUUGUUGAGAAAGAGAAAGAGAUUGAAGCCAGCAAGGAGGACUUGGCCAACAAGCCAGAGGCUAUUCGCAGCAAGAUAGUGGAGGGUCGCGUCGCCAAGACUUUGAAUGAACUGGCUCUGUUAGAGCAACCAUUCAUCAGGGACGAUAAAAUUUUGGUAAAGGACUAUAUCAAGCAAACUAUUGCUACUCUGGGUGAGAACAUCCAAGUGAGGCGGUUCACCAGGUUCAACUUAGGAGAGGGUAUUGAAAAGAAGAGUACCGAUUUUGCUGCUGAAGUCGCUGCUCAAACUGGGGCCAAGGCUUAAUCAGGUGCGAAGGCUAGCUUGUAGUAAUAGUUUUAGUUAUUUGCCAUAGAGUUCAAAGAUUAGCAGCAACUAUUAAACUCUUGGGAAGCUUUAGCUUAGUAACUCUUCGACGUACAUUUAUUGUAAAAUGUGGUAAUUGGGCAGUGAAUUUUUGGAUGGUUUAGCAUGCAUCCAGUUCAGUUUCUUGAUAAGUA